AUGUUGUUGGCCUUUCCGAACUUAUCGCAUUUAAAACUGGAGCUUGAGCAUUGCCACGAUUCCCAGAACCAGCCAGAGCACAGGACACAAGUAGAGGAAGAGCCAGAACACCUUGGAGUCUAUGGGGUUGAUGUAUCUGUUCGGGUCGGCUGUCUCGAACACCCAGACGGACUGGCCGAGAUCGUUGGCCUCGUUCCACCACCGCAGACCCACCAUCAGCCGGCCAGAGAUGUUUUUGACGUUCCAGAAGUCGGCGGCCAGAAGAAGCAUGGUGAUGAUGAAGUUGAGGAUGUAAUUGGAAGUGAACAGCAGGCCAAAGAGGUAUACCAGGAGCGGGGCUAUUCUGAAGAGGAGGAAGAACAGCAGCGCGACGGGAUGCGACGACUCAGAGAGCCGCUGGUACAGUGUUCUGUCGGACAUUUUGGCGCAACUAGAGAAAAAUAA